UCGCCGAGUAAACGCGACACGGAAAUAAAGAAUUUAAGAGGCUGGAGCCAGAGAGCAGACAGGUCUGCACCAUCAGCAUGUAUCAAAGUGUUGGAGCCCCUCCUAUAUAAAGAACCCCCCGCAUCCACCCCGAGCUCAUCACUACCAUCCACACAAGCCUCAUCUACACCAUCGUCAUGCAGCGGGAGAUCACGGAGCGAGCUGACGGAGCCUUCUUCAUGUGGCGGGACUACCUGCACCUGCGGGCCACUGUGGCGCACCUGCUGGGGCAGCGCAACCACGAGGAGGCAGCAGAGAGCGGGACGUGGACGGGACCCCCACCCAGUCAUCGCUCGACUUUCUUCCCACCGAUCACCUCCAUCCUACUGACCCAGACAGAGCGAGGCGCAGUCGGCCAGCAGCGCGGGGGAGAUGCGGGCCCUGCAGGCUGCGGAGGAGCGCAGUGUGGAGAGAAGUUGUUGUCUGCUCCAGUGCGGAGCGAGGCGCCCUCCAGUGGCCGCGACUACUCCUGCGCCUUCUGCCGGCAGAACGGAGAGAGCGCGCAGGUGUACCGGAGCCACCGGCUGCGCUGGAGCGACGGCCGGGUGAUGUGCCCCGUGCUGCGGAGCUACGUGUGCCCGCUGUGCAGAGCCACCGGAGACACCGCACACACCCGCCGCUACUGCCAGGGGAGGAGCGAGGCGGAGCCGUCCAGCAGCGCCAGGGACAGGCGGAGACAGAGACUCCCCUCCCCUCCUGCUCCUGCUCCUGCUCCGGGCUUCGUGAGAGAACAGUGUGAGGAGAGGUGCUGGAAGCGAGGGAUAGAGUGAGUGAGUGGAAGUGUAGAGACUGUCGGACUGUACUCGUUUCUCAACGUCGUGUUUUCGCUCAGUGAGCGCUUCUAAUGUUAACUAACGCGGUUUCUCCCCAUAAACGCUGUCGGACUUCACAGUUCUGAAGCGUUGCCGCCUGUAAAUGUUCGUAAUAUGUUCGACGCUUUG